ACGUAUUUGUAACUCGAUCUCUUGGUGAGUAAACUUGUUGGCUUUGUGUCCUGGGGUUGCAGUGAUACCCGAUACCAUGCGUGAAAUAAGUCCCCAGUGUUCUAACAACCUCUGCACGGGAGCAGGUAUGUAAGGAAGGCGACACGAGACCAGCAGCAAGGUGUCUAGUAAAAGGGACCAAAGCGACAAGCGCCGUAGCCACCCUUCAGGCGGACACAAACAUAGGAAACCUCCCUGGCGCACCCGAGUUAGCUGUUGUUGGAUGACUACAUUGCGAUAGUUUACAACGAUCCAAAAUACAGUAAGAUUUUUGUUUUAUUUUUCCAGGGAUAUGAGCGGGGAGAUGGGGGGCGAUAGACGAUGUGCCAGUGUACCAAGAUAGGACCUCGCGUCAACUCUCAGCGAGGUUUCUAUUGAUCAACGGUCUCUACAUUUCUUCACCUUCUUUGAAGGGGGUUCUGUACAGUGUCAUGCUUCUUUAAUACGUCUUAUUCCAUUUGCUACAUUGUUCAAAAGCCCCUUUCAUCGCCCUUGGCAAGAUGCAACUUAUUUUUUUUUUCAUUAUUCCGCUACAUCUAGUGGCACCAGGUAGCAUGGAAACAGAGUAUGAUUCCUCUAAGACAACUAUCCUAAACUGCAUAUUUCCGGAAAACACUACGAGGACAGAUUUUGCAGUUUAUCUUUAUAAUGAAAAUGGCAAAACAGACCUGCUGGUGGAUUGUGCAUGGGUGGAAGACAAGCUUGCGUGCAUCGAACGAGAAGGUUUCAAGUGCAGGUUACCUGUGCCAAAUACUGCGGAAAUUGAAGUACCAAAGACAUAUGUUACAAGACCAAGCAAGAUCGGAUACACACUUAGUGGACAUGACCCCAGUAAAGUCAAAAUCUGUCAUUUUGUUGACAGCGAAAGUGACGGACAAAAAGAAAGCAAGAAUAAACAGCAGCAAAACAACAUAAAAGAAAACAAUUAUGAUCAGAAAGCAUCCAGGGACUUUUCUGGUUUGGUUAUUGGCCUUGUUAUUGGAACAUCACCCGCCAUUGUACUGAGCUUGAUCACCAUUGUGUUCCGCAAAGAAGUUUGCAAGAAUGACAAGACGCAUACACCAGAAUCAGAUGCCAAGUCCCCAUCCUUGGAGUCCACUAAAAACAAUAGCAGAGAUGACAACUUAAGUCAGUCAACCGUGAAAGAUUAUGUGGUUAUCUUUUCAACUGAGAAGUCGUCUUUACCUGUUGAUGAUGAGGAGAAGGCUCCACUUAAUAUCCAGUCAGAAAAGAACGACAACAUUCUGGUCUAUAUUGAAGAAAAAAGCUGCUAACAUUCUAAAAAUCUUGAUUACUGUUACACUUCACGUGGCAGCUAUUUCUAAGAUCAGUUCUGUGAUUUUUUGGACAUAGCAAAGACAGAAAACAGUAAAAAACACACCAAAGUGGUAAAAAUAUGUUAAUUGAUAACAUAAACAUUUUUUAAAAUAGCAAUACCAUAAUUUAUUUGCAGAUAAAAUUUAAAUAUAUAUUAAGGUAGAGGGAAUAAUAUGAGUUAGAAUACAUAUUAACAGAUUUUAAGCUACUGUUUGUGUCAAGAUAACUGUCUCUCGUGAAUCUCUUGAUGAUGAUGAAUCUUUAUUCGCAAUAACCUAUACUCUGUUACAAAGUAUGGCUAGUCUUCCAUCUCUUCAGUAUUCACAGUUCUAAUUAUUAACUGAACAAGUUUUUUAAACAUUUAAGAUUUUAUGCACAUAUUUAUCUAUAAGCACCUAAAAUCUCUAGCUCGCAAACAUGCAUCCCCUGGAUAAUGUACAAAUACAUAAACUCGCUGUUCACAAAUAUGUAAGUCUUCCCAGGAGUAACAUCUGUUUUUCCCAAAAAAUGUUGUACUUAGGCUCAUUUAAAUCAAGAUAUUAUUGGGCAGAUUACAUUGCAAUUAUGUUUGUAUGUUCAUUUCUUUGAUAUUAUUGCUGGCUUUGAAAUGGAUGAGUGAGCUGUUGGUGCUAUGAUUUAUGAGUGUACUAGAUUGGUGUGAGUACGAGUAGAUUGGUGGAUUGAAUGUACUGGAAACUGGAUUUAUUGCUUAGAAUGGAUCAAUCAUAGUAUUCAUGGGCUUUUCUUAUCGUCGAGUUUUGCUGAACUAAAUCACAAAUAGUCAAUUAAGUAUUUCUAUUAUUAUUAUUUUCCAGUGGCAGUAACAGUCUUAUGAUUCCUUAUGCAAAAACUUUGUACUCAAGAUCAUUUCUUGACACAUCGAUAAUUUUAAUUUUUGUUUUUUGCCUAUAUGUCAAUUUAGAAAGAAGGACUCAUUUUGAUUUUUGUACUUUUCAUUCUGAUUGCUCAAAUGUCCGUAUGACCAUUUUAAAUACAAAUGUGGAUUUUGUUUCAUGUGAAUAAACAUUUUUACAUAACAAAAAA